AUGGCUCUCAAACAUCAAAACGAAGGCGGCGAUGCUGCCCCAGAGGCAAAGAAGCCUAAGCAUGGCUUCAGAGUCGGCCCAGAGAAUUUACCAGACGGUCCUUGGCGACGAAAAGUCACGAAAGUCAAGAAGGAGUUGAUUCACAAAGCCAAGGUCAAGAAGGCUUAUGCAAAGAUCAAAGCCCGUGAACAACAAAAUGCGCCAGCACCAAAGACAAGCGAGCCAGUUCAAGAUGAGGCUCCCGCAGAAGACGCCAGUGAGGACAAGCAACCUGAGGAAGAAGGCGAGGAGAUGCACCCCACACGACAACUCAUGCUUGCAGACGAAGCCAAGGCACAGGAAAACUCUGUCGGUGAGCCCACUAGCGAUGGCAACAGACGGCGCACCAGACGACCAGGCUACUACGACAAGCAACUCGCCAAAGCAGCACAGCGCCAGGAGGAGGCCGAGAUGAAGCGGCGGGAGUUUGAGCGCAGACAGGAAGAGAGGGCGCAGAAGAUUGCUGAGAGGGAGAAGUUCAAGAAGGCCAUGGCUAAGACGAGGGAUCGUUAUGGAAACAAGAAGCUUGGCAGGGAGAGUUCUAUACUGUUGGAUAAGGUCAGGAAGCUUGUUGCUGAGAAGUGA